CGGCCCCUCCCACCGCGCACCGCCUCCGUUCUGGGGGCUGCUCGCCGCCUUCGGGGCCCGGCAGUCCGCGAGUACUGUCUCGGCAGCUGUGCGGGAGGCGGCCGCGUUCCAGCCCUGCUGGCGACCCCCAGAGUUGAGCUUGCGAGUUGGGUACGGGAACACCGGCCACCCAGGGCCGGGAACCCUAAGGCCCCCACCCGCGAUCCGCAGGUCAAACGUGACGGCUCUCCCUCCUGGAUAGGGUCGGCGGGGAGGUUGAUGGAGAGUCGACAGGCCUAAGACAGAGUUUCUCUGUGAGGGCCUGACUGUCCUGGAAUUCUGUAGAUCAUGCUGGUCUGGAACUCAGAGAUUUGCCUUCCUUUACCUCCCAAAUGCUAGGAUCAAAGGUGUGCGCCGCCGCCGCCGCCGCCGCCGCCGCCGCCACCACCACCACCGCCGCCGCCACCACCACCGCCGCCGCCCAGCUUAGCAACCCCUUCUUAAAGGACGUUACCACCAUUCCAAACUUCUUACUCUGCUUUCUCUUCUCCCUGGAGCAGUAGCCAGAACUCGAUGUUCUGAGAUUAAAGGACAGAAUUUACCCUGUUGUAGGCAGGUAAAUUCGUGCCCUACUUCUGUAGGAAGUAAUGUAAAGCCAAGCCGAAGCCCUCAGACACACCCGGCUACAUCAUUCUGCUUGGCAAUCUGAGGAGCUGCGAAGUCAUCCUCACAUCUAGCAGCUUCAUUAAGUAUUAUGGUGCUUUUCUGUUUGGUACCGGUAUCCAUCAGACUUGUUACAUUUUGUCUUUAAUGUUACUUGUUACAUUUUUGUCCCCAGUCUGCUCAUCAGACAGUUCUUACCAUGCUGAACUUCACCCCAUUUUGCUGCUUAGAGAUGGGGGUGUGACUAAUGUUUAUAAAGUUUGUAGCAAACUUUAUAACUCUGCAAAUUGAAUUGCAGAGAUCUUGAAGAUACUCUCCAGUCAAACCAGUUCCAGAUGUUUGGCUUUUAAGCAAGUACCUGCUAGUUUCCUUGUGCUUCAGUGGGACCUUGGGAGAGCACAGUUUAAAUUUGGUGCAGGAUCAUCUUAUUUGUAGGAACACAAAUGCCUCUCCUGCUGCAGGGCUUUAGUCCGUAGCGGCUUACAUCUAGUCAGCUGGGAAGCUCUUUAGCUUGUGUGGAAGAAACCCCAACAAGAAUGCCCUCUGCAGUGUGGCCCAGUGUCCAUCAUCACUGGGAGAUCUCUGCCCUCUGGGGCUGAGAGACCCCAACCUCUCCUCAAGCUGAAGCUGCAAGGCACUGAGGUACCAGCCAGAUGUCUUCCCACAAAGGAUCUGCCGUGGCCCAGGGCAAUGGGGCUCCUUCUAGUAACAGAGCAGCGGACACGGUGGAGCUGGCUGAGCUGGGGCCCCUGCUGGAGGAGAAGGGUAAGCGGGCAGCCACCAGCCCAGCCAAGGCUGAAGAAGAACAAGCAUGCCCCGUGCCUCAGGAGGAGGAGGAGGAGGUGCGGGUGCUGACCCUUCCUCUGCAAGCCCACCAUGCCAUGGAGAAGAUGGAGGAGUUCGUAUAUAAGGUCUGGGAGGGGCGUUGGAGGGUCAUCCCAUACGAUGUGCUUCCUGACUGGCUGAAAGACAAUGACUACCUGCUACAUGGCCACAGACCACCUAUGCCCUCCUUCCGGGCUUGCUUCAAGAGCAUCUUCCGCAUCCACACAGAAACUGGCAACAUCUGGACACAUUUGCUUGGUUUUGUGCUAUUUCUCUUUCUGGGAAUCUUGACCAUGCUCAGACCAAAUAUGUACUUCAUGGCUCCCCUCCAGGAGAAGGUGGUCUUCGGGAUGUUCUUCCUGGGUGCAGUGCUCUGCCUCAGCUUCUCCUGGCUUUUCCACACCGUCUACUGUCAUUCAGAGAAGGUCUCUCGCACUUUUUCCAAACUGGACUAUUCAGGGAUUGCUCUACUGAUUAUGGGGAGCUUCGUCCCCUGGCUCUAUUACUCCUUCUACUGCUCCCCACAGCCACGGCUCAUCUACCUCUCCAUCGUCUGUGUCCUGGGCAUCUCUGCCAUCAUUGUGGCACAGUGGGACCGGUUUGCCACUCCCAAGCACCGGCAGACAAGAGCAGGAGUGUUCCUGGGACUUGGCUUGAGUGGUGUUGUACCCACCAUGCACUUUACUAUCGCUGAGGGCUUUGUCAAGGCCACCACAGUGGGCCAGAUGGGCUGGUUCUUCCUCAUGGCUGUGAUGUACAUCACCGGCGCUGGCCUUUAUGCUGCUCGGAUUCCUGAGCGCUUCUUUCCUGGAAAAUUUGACAUAUGGUUCCAGUCUCAUCAGAUUUUCCAUGUCCUGGUGGUGGCAGCGGCUUUCGUCCACUUCUAUGGGGUGUCCAACCUACAGGAAUUCCGUUACGGCCUAGAGGGUGGAUGUACCGAUGACUCCCUUCUCUGAGCCUUCCCACCUGAGGGUUGGUGGAGGAACUUCCCAAGUGCUUUUAAAAAUAACUUCUUUGCUGAAGUACGAGGAAGAGUCUGAGUUGUCUGUUUCUAGAAGAAACCUCUUAGAGAAUCGCACCAGUGACCCUUCAGCCCACUGGCACAGCCUCCGGGCCGUACACUUCCCAUGUGCAUUCCUAGCAGUCACCUCAGCAAGGCAACUGCUGGUCCUUCACAGACAGGACGUGGGAGCUCAUGUUGAGAUUUUACCCAUUCCUUCAGCCAUUUUGGGGAAAAAAUUAUGAACUGGGAUUCUUCAGAAAUUAAGUGUUGUUUUUUCUUGAAGAAAAUAUCCCUCCCUUACCCUCCUCCUUACUUUGUAACCUGGCGGAUGACAGGCCAUCCAUUUUUGUAGCACACUUUUCAGAAACAAGUAUAACCUGGUCCCAUCUUUCUAGGACAAACAAAGCCACGCCUUGAUGUAGCCCGGCUAAUCAUGGAAGUAUGUCCAGGCUUCAAGUAACUUGAGUUUAAAUCCUUUUUUUUUUUUUUCUUGGCAGAGUAAUGUAAAAUUAAAAUGGGGAAGAUAUUUAAUAUUUAAUACUAAGCUUUAAAAAGAAACCUGCUAUCACUGCUGUGUAUCUUGAUGCAAAGACUAUGGUGAUAAUAAAAGAAAGUACAGACCGCUUGGCA